CUGAUUUCCAUUGAAAAUUCUCGGAGAUUUAUGUCGAAACCCUGUGAGUCUCGUCUCCUCUUCACGCAUCAGUUCCGUUAUAUCGAUCUUAAGUUCAAGGAAUCCAUAUUAGAGAAAAAGGGAGAAAAUUUGUGAAAUUUGAACGAUGGGGGAUGUUCAGGAGCAACAGAUUCAUGAAUCUGGUCCAGAUAGUGAUAAUGAAAUCACUGCUGAUCAUGCUUCAUUUGUUCAAGGUGAGCCUCCACAAGAUUCCAAAAGUCCUCCAGAGGUUGAUUCUGAAGUGGAAGUCCUUCAUGAGAAAGUCACAAAGCAAAUCAUCAAGGAGGGUCAUGGCCAGAAGCCAUCAAAAUAUUCAAGAUGUUUUUUGCACUACAAGGCAUGGACCAAAAGCACCCAGAACAAGUUUGAAGACACAUGGCUAGAACAACGGCCACUUGAAAUGGUCUUGGGAAAAGAGAAAACUGAGAUGACAGGAUUGUGUAUUGGCGUCUCGAGCAUGAAGGCUGGUGAAUGUGCCCUGUUACAUGUUGGUUGGGAAUUAGGUUAUGGCAAAGAUGGAAACUUUUCUUUCCCCAAUGUUCCACCCAUGGCGGAUCUCUUAUAUGAAGUUGAGCUCAUAGGUUUUGAUGAAACCAAAGAAGGUAAACCACGUAGUGACAUGACUGUUGAGGAAAGGAUUGGAGCAGCGGAUCGAAGAAAGAUUGAAGGAAAUUCUCUUUUCAAGGAUGAGAAAUUGGAGGAGGCUAUGCAACAGUAUGAAAUGGCUAUAGCAUACAUGGGAGAUGACUUCAUGUUCCAGUUAUUUGGGAAGUACCAGGACAUGGCGUUGGCUGUUAAAAAUUCUUGUCACCUCAAUAUGGCUGCAUGCCUAAUAAAGCUAAAACGCCAUGAAGAAGUCAUUGGGCAAUGCAACAAUGUAUUGGUAGAGGAUGAAAACAAUGUCAAAGCACUCUUCCGACGUGGGAAAGCUAGAGCAGAACUUGGGCAGACAGAUGCUGCUCGUGAAGACUUUCUUAAGGCCCGUAAACUUGCACCUCAAGACAAAGCAAUUGUGAAGGAGUUACGAUUGCUUGCUGAACAUGACAAUGCCCUUUAUCAGAAACAAAAGGAGAUCUACAAAGGAAUAUUUGGACCAAGACCUGAACCCAAGCCCAAGCAGAAAAAUUGGCUCAUCUUAAUUUGGCUUUGGCUGGUCGCACUAUUUUAUCGGAUUUUCAGAUUGAAGAGUCACAAAGCCAACUAAUAUGAUGUGGAUUACAAAAACUAGCAUUGUUAGCAGAAA